AGGAGUCCUGCCAGAAGACCCUUUUAGAAGGCUGUCCCUUGUGGGCCCCUGUCUCUGGGCAGGUUGGCAGCUUCCUGGGUCAGAGCACUGGACCUCCAUGGACCUCCCUAGUCACCUUCAAUACCUACUGCACUACUCAGCAUGGUCCAGCACUCUGAGAACAAGAGGGAUUUGGCAUGCAUCUCUGCCCAGCCUGAAAAUCACGUAGCUGGAUAAUACUGUAUGGAUAGCUUAGGUAUCAAUACUUGUAUUCCAUCAGAAAGGCAUUUUUUUGAUUCAUAAUGCUUCCAAGGAAUCACAAGUUCUGGACACAAAAAUUUACUCAGAUUUGAAUUGCACAACAUAAAGGCAUCAUAAAACCUUUGCUCCCUAAUUCCACAUAAAGAGCUCCAGCUUUCUCUGGGAACUUAAAGCUCUUUGGAAGCCAAGGUUUCCACAAUGAGGAGCUUUCUGGCUUUCUUUGUUGCAGUGGGCAGCAUUGUGACCCUGGGUUAUGCAGCCUGCAUUACCGUAUUUCGAGAGCCAGGAUGGCCCCAAAAAGGCUGUAUGAUAAAUGGAAAAAUCUAUCCCUUUGGACGCAUUGAGAGGACAGAAUUUUGCUUCACCUGUGACUGUGACAAAUAUUCAAUCCACUGCUGUUCGGUCGUGACACAUCCACCUCAUUACUACGGAGGUGAAUGUAAAAUCAUUUUCAACAGAAAGCGCUGUGACUAUGAUGUGGUGCCGAAGGGUGACCCAUCUAAGGCAUGUACUGUGAUUAGUCGUGUGGGCUAGCACCAGCUCCAAACCUCUCUGCGCUGUGGAACACAUCUACUUCCCACAGAUGCUUUGCCAUCACAGAGAAGCACCAUGACAUGGGAAAAUCUCAGAAAGAAAGCACUUCACUACCUUGCUAUAACCUACUAAUUAUUGUAACUAGGCAUACAAGAUGCAUGAUUAGAUAGUGUGUUUCAUUACUGUCAUUACUGCGUUUGUUGACUACAAUAAAUUGAGACGAAAUAUCCAUAAA